AUAAUGACCGAGCAAGAGUUGUCUGGCAUAACCGAUAGAUAGUUGAUCAAAAGUUUGAUCUCGGAUAAUGUAUGUAGAAAAUGAUUUGUUGUGUUAGAUCUACUCACUUAGUAUUCUUUCAGAGUUUUGAGAGAAUUAACCUCAUAACUAUCGAUCUGGAUCAAUGGAUGCAAUAAAAAAAAUGACCCAGCAAGAAAGAGAGAGAUCAAUGCUAAUUGCUAAGUUAACGCUAUGAAGUUGCGUUCCAACUACUCUUUAUAUUCUUUACCUUUAUUCUUCUUCUCAUGCCCCCUCCCUACCUCAUAGCCUUCCCAAUCAAUCUUCCUUUCCCAUUCUUUUUCCUUUCCCUCUUUCUUUCUUCUUGUUUCCUUUCUCUGUUUACUUUUUUCCUUCUUCACCCUCAUCAUCACUGACCUCAUUCCCAUCCAUCAUUCUCCUCACAUACCACAACCAAACCUUUUGACUACUUCACUUCUGCAUGUCCCUCUCACUCUCAACCUUUAUCAUCCAUCAUGGUAGUAGCCAUUGCUAGCUGCCAUUGCAUCAAGAGAGACAGAUAGAGAUUGAAAAUUAAGGUUCUCUUUUUUGGCAGAUAAACUUAUGGCAAACAUUGCCACCAUCUUCAACAAGUUCCUCUAUCUCCCCAUCCUCCUCAUCCACCUUGGCUGCUUCAUUUUCACCACCACCACCGCCUCCGCUGCCGGGAAACAAGACAACCGCCAGACUCAACCUUCAAAGAAACGAAGAGUCUCACCUUUAUCCCAACCCUCUUCCCCUUCCCACCCCAAAUUCAAAACCCAAAAGGCCCUUUCUUCUUCUUGGCAUUUCAUCAAACACCUCUUCUCCACAAAAUCCUCCUGCAAAACCGCCACCGCCCAUUCAUCACCGCAAUCAACAUCAACCACCGCAAGAUCAUCCCAGCAGUCCCUCAUCUCCCUCGCGCAACCCGACCCGUUGCUCCAGGAUCCUCCACGCAGGAGGCAAUCCGGGUCGUGCCCCGAAUCCGACAUCUCCGCCGAUAACAACAGCCUCUUCUUCCCUCUCCGCAACGACAUCUUCCCCUGCACCGCGUGCGGCGAGAUCUUCCAGAAGCCCAACCUCCUUGAGCAGCACCAAGCCGCCACCCACGCCGUGUCGGAGCUCGUGGGAUCCGACCCGGGUCACAACAUCGUCCAGAUCAUAUUCAAAUCGGGCUGGCCCGAGACCCGUGUCUCCCCGCGGGUGCUCCGCGUCCUGAAGAUCCACAACAGCCCCAAGAUCCUCUCCAGAUUCGAGGAGUAUCGCGAGACCGUGAAAACCAAGGCGGCGGCGCGUCACGGUGGCGCGUCUCGGCGGCGCGAUGAACGCUGCAUCGCCGACGGCAACGAGCUCAUGCGUUUCCACUGCUCCACGUUCCUAUGCGAGUUGGGACUGAACGGGGAUUCCUCCAUUUGUUCGCAGCAAUUUUGUAAUAUUUGCGGGAUUAUAAAAUCAGGGUUCUCACCCAAGCUGGACGGGAUUUCCACGCUUUCAACCAGCUGGAGGGCACACGUGUCGAUCCCCGAGGACAUCGAGGCUGAGUUCCGCUUCAUGAACGUGAAGCGGGCCAUGCUCGUUUGUCGAGUGGUCGCGGGUCGGGUUGGUUCGGAUUCUGAUGAGGCUGAGAAAGCGGACGGGGGUUUUGAUUCGGUGAUGUCGCGAGGGGAGAGUGGAGUUUACACCCGGCUUGAUGAGGAGGAGUUGGUGGUUUUUAAUCCUAGGGCCGUGCUUCCUUGCUUUGUGAUUGUGUAUAGUGUGUGAUGAAUUAUAAUGAUGUGAGCUUAUGGGUUGUAAUUUAACUUGGUUUUAAGUAUUUUGAAGUUCAAGGAUUCCUUUGAGUUACAUAGUUCAGGUUAUUGGAUCAUUGGGCACAAAAAUGUGUGCAUGGAAUUUACACACCAUAGUAUAGAAAUUGAAUUUGUUGAGUGUGUGUUUUAGGUGAAUCCCUUGAUUGUGUGAUAUUAAGGUUAAGGUUGCCUUUUACUUAGUUUAUGAAUUUCUUUGCCUUAUAGCUCGUGGUAAGAAUGCAAUUCAACAUCACUUUACUUGACCAGAUCUUGUGGAAAUUGGGAAGAGGUACAAGCUGGUGGUAUAGAAGCAUGUUUUAGAAGCUGUAUGAUAGAAGUUUUUUUUUCCAUCUUCAGUUUGUGUGUUAUAUAUUGAAUAUCUUAUUUUAAUUA